AUGAGAUCCUUCUUCAAUAAGCCCGCAUGGGCAACCAAGACGGAUGACUCGGGAACCGAAUUCUACCGCCGAUCUGGACAAACAUACUCCGACAUAGUCGCCGCGAACCGUGAAGCGCACAGGAAGCAAAAGCUCGCUGCUGAAUUUGCAGAGAGCACAUCAUCCACGACAGCUGAAGAGAGUCGGAAAUCAAAGCGACCACGGAAGUCUGAUGAACAUGAGGAGAAAUCCGAGACGGAGGAUGAGAAGUCCGAAGCUACGAGCUCACCCAAGUCAGAUAACGAAAGCGAGGCUGAAGAACAGUGUAGGCGUGCCACCUCAUCUCCCAGUGAUGAGCGCAGUCAAGCUGAGAACCCCGAUAUUAAUGACGAUGAGCCCAACCCCACGAUCGUACCAAGUUCUACACAUGUCGACUCUACGGAGAGCCAAUAUACGGACCGAUCAAAUAUUUCCUCCUCACACCAUGUUCCAGACGUCAGCGUGCAAAGAACCGAGAUAAUAAUUGACUCGGACUCUGGAGAAACGAGCGGUGAUACUCCUUCAAGAUAUUUAGCUGCCGGAACCAAAUAUCAUCCCGCGAAACCUUCGCCCACUCCUCCUCCUCCUGCGGACGACAAAAGAGUGCAUAUCCUUAUAACAUCCGAAAUCCCAAACACCAAGCCACUGAUUGUCCAACGUAUGAUGACUCAAUCCCUGAAAGAUGCUCGUCUAGCAUGGUGCGAGCGGCAAGGAUUUACCGAAAGCGAAACGGCAUCCAUUGAACUCUACUGGAAUGGCGUCAGGGUGUUUGACGUGACAACCUGUAGAAGAUUCGACAUGAAGAAACAAAAAGAAAAGAGGAGCUUUUUGGAUCUAGAUGAUGAACCCGAAGCUGAAAAGGCUGAGCUUAAGAUCCACUUGGAGGCAAUCAGCAAGGAUCCAGAGUUGAUGAAUCGCCGUGGUCCUUCUCCAGAUGUCAGCGGACCAGGUGCAUCGCCCGCUCCACCCAGUCCGAAAGAGGAUCCGGAGAACGAGCAGAUGAAGUUACUUCUGAAAAGCCCCGGGCUGAAUGACUUUAAGAUCAAAGCCCGACCCAAGACCUUGGUGUCGAAGGUGAUAGCGGCUUUUCGAGAAAAGCAGAAUAUACCUGCGGAUAAGACGGUACAUCUUGUCUUUGAUGGUGACCGACUUGAGCCAGAUACUUGUCUGGGUGAUAAUGAUAUCGCCGACCUCGAUAUGCUAGAGGUGCUGAUUAAAUGA